AUGGCGAGAAGAACCGGCCUCACUCUGACGCACUUCGUGCUUCUCACCUCCCUUGCAUUUAACUCUCACGCUCAUUCUCACGAUGAUGCCUCAGAAGCGCCACUCUCCUUCUCAGUUGGGCCCAACUACCCCUAUCCCCUCGAGGACCUCGACAAGGACCUCCCUUUCUCUCAGCCCGUCACCUUCGCCCACUUGCCGUGGGAGCGGUGUUUUUCCUCCCGCCACGGAACUGACCUGGACAUUGCCAUCGUAGGUUUCCCCUACGACACAUCUACAUCGUAUCGCCCCGGCGCACGCUUUGGGCCCAGAGGGAUUCGUGCCGCGAGCUCCAGGGAGAAGAAAGGCAGGAGUUACAACACAGUAUGGGGCAUCGACCCAUUGACGGAAGGAGGGCUGAACAUCGUCGACUGCGGAGACAUUCCUCUCACGCCCUUUGACGCCCAGCAUGCUUUCCGCCAGAUGGAGCAGGGUUACCGGCAGAUCUUGUUCCACAACACUUCCUCCUCCUCAGCAUCGACCAAACCACUUCAGGGCAGAACAUGGCAGCAUCCUCGGGUCCUGUCUCUCGGGGGCGAUCACUCGAUCGUCCUCCCAAUCCUGCGCUCGCUCAAAGAGGUCUACGGCCCGAUCUCGGUCAUCCACCUCGACUCCCACCUGGACACAUGGGACCCCUACGCGGGGUACACGGGGAUCGUGUCGGAGCAGAGCGCCAUCACGCACGGGACUUUCUUCUGGCACGCCGCGCGGGAAGGGUGCAUCGCUAAGGGAAGCAGCGUGCACGGCGGGCUGCGCACGAAACUGUUCUCGCCCAAGGACUACGUCACGGACAAGGAGGUGGUGGGCUUUGAGAUGAUCGAGGCGCACGAGAUUGACGAGGACCCCCGGGGCAUGCAAGGGAUCACCGACCGGGUGCGCCGCAUCGUCGGCACGGACAAGCCCGUCUACCUCAGCAUCGACAUCGACGUCUUGGACCCGAGCAUCGCGCCCGCCACGGGCACGCCCGAGUCAGGAGGCUGGACGACCCGCGAGGUCAAGAGGUUCAUCAAAGGCCUGGAAGGCGUGAGGUUGGUCGGCGCCGAUGUCGUCGAGGUCAGCCCGCCAUAUGAUACGGCCGCAGAGGUGACCAGUGUCGCGGCUAGUGAUCUCCUGGUCGACAUACUGGCGUUGAUGGUCAAGGACUCGGUAGGAAAGCCGGACAAGGCGCAGACAAGUCAAGGGGUCAAGGAUGAGUUGUAA